UACCUCAUAGCAUAGGUGUCAUAGUUACUUCAGGUUACAUAAUGUACUCUAUGGUGAUAGCUCUUUGCGCUUUGGUGGCGUCAGCCAGCGCGGGAUUCCUCGACGGACAUGCAGCUUUUGCACACGGUCCUGCAAUAUCAUUUUCACACGCUCCUGCAAUAGCAGCCCACUCGUAUGCAGCUCCUGCAUUCUACAAAGCUCCGGUGGCUAUAGCCGCACCAGUACCGGUAAAAGCAGCAGCACAUGCAGUGGACUACGUUGCCUACCCCAAAUAUGAGUUCAAUUACGGCGUAAAGGACGCUCACACUGGUGACCAGAAAUCCCAAAGUGAAGUACGUGACGGUGACGUUGUAAAGGGAGAAUAUUCGUUAGUAGAACCGGACGGCACCAUCCGUAAAGUUGAAUAUACAGCUGACGAUCAUAACGGUUUCAACGCCGUUGUAAGCCGAGAGGGUCACGCCGUUCACCCAUCUGCACCCAAGAUCAUUGCAGCCCCUGCUAUACAAAAGUACGUCGCUGCUGCCCCAAUCGCGACAGCCCAUUAUGCCGCUCCAGCUAUAGCUCACGGAUACGCGGCUCCAGCUUUGGCUCAUGGAUAUGCGGCUCCAGCUUACGAUCACGGCGGUUACGGACACGGUCUGGGAUUGGGUCUGCUCAAAGGCUAAGACGGAUUGGGCGAUUGGAUCUCUCCCUCGCCCUCUCUUAUCCUUUGACUUAAGAGGUACGUAGUAAUACAUCGUUGCCACGGAUAACGCGAUUGAAGCUUAACCGUGUUGUGAUAUUCCGCUGGUAAAUGCCAGGUUGAUUUUGAUAUCGCUCAGUGGCAACAAUUGUAUUAUUACUUAACCGACGACAUAGUUCAAAUGUACGACGGCAAACUUACUGCAAACUCGCCCAUUUAUUGUUUUUCCUAUUUAUUCCUUAAUUUUUUGCUUUGGGUUUGCCGCUUGUGCCGACCGCAAUGCCAAAAUGUCUAUGACGAAUUUUCAAGAGUGAUGGUUUGUUCUAUUAUUGUUUCUUCUACGGCUUACGUACAUAUUAUGUAAUUAUAAUAUUGCCUAUGUAUAUUAGGUCUAUUGUACAUACACUUAUAUAUCUAGUGAUCUUUGUGCGCUAAGGUCUACCCUACAUUGUGUUUUCAUCUUCAUAUUAUUUUCAUAUAUUAUACGAAUAUGUGCAUUUCACGUUCAUUCA